AUGACCGUGAAAGAGUCGCCGUUCACCAUCGACAACCUUCCCUACGGGGUGAUUUCCACCGCCGAAACACCAACUCCGAGGUGCGCCACUGCUUUGGAAGAAGAUGCCAUUGACUUGAGUGCACUCGAAAGAGAUGGAUACUUCAAAUCCAUCCCAGGGUUCAAAGGCGAGGUCUUUUCCAUGCCAACCCUAAACAAGUUCGCCUCACUUCCGAAAGAAACGCACAUCCAGACCAGAGCAGCGCUUCUCGAUCUCCUCUCAGAUAACGAUAUUCGCAAGAACUAUGCCAUCCCUCUAUUGGAAGUCCAAAACCAUCUUCCCAUGGAAACAAAGAACUUCAGCGACUUUUACUGCUCGCUCGAGCAUACCAGAAAUUGCUCCGAACUUCUAUCCCUUAACCUUCCACCUUCAUGGUUUUCCAUCCCCUCCGUCUAUAACGGACGGCAGAGCAGCCUCCGCAUCUCUGGUACCCCAAUCCGCCGACCCUGGGGCGUGACACUCGAUCCCAACAGGCCCAAUGACCCACCCGCCUUCAGACCCAGUUCGCGCUUUGACUUCGAGCUAGAAAUGGGCGUUUACCUAUCCCGUCCCCAUCCCCCAGGCGAGAUUCUCAGUAUCAGCGACGCAAAAGACCACAUCUUCGGCCUGGUGAUACUGAAUGACUGGUCUGCAAGGGAUAUCCAAUCAUUUGAGAUGGCACCCCUAGGCCCAUUCCACAGUAAGGGCUCCGGAACGAGCAUCUCGCCGUGGAUCAUACCUAUUGAGGCGCUGGAAGGAUCGCUCUGCAAUGCUAGACCACAGGAUCCCGCCCCGUUGAGACAUCUGGCCUGGAAGGGAGAGGAAGGUGAGGCGACGUUUGAUAUUGAAUUGACGGCGAGGGUCAUACGAAAGGGAAAAUCAUACACGAUCACGGAAACAAAUCUAAAGGAGCUCUACUGGACGCCAUUCCAACAAAUCACUCAUUUAUGUAGUGCUGGCGAGGGGCUCUCGACAGGCGAUAUCUUUGGGACGGGCACCAUAACCAGUGAUCGCAUCAACGACCAAGGUGAACAAAUUGGUGUUGCAUGUCUUCUCGAACGAGGUCUAAAAAGAAAUGUCCUCUCCGAAGCCAGCAGGGACGGUCUACAAUUUCUAGAAGACGGAGACGAGGUAGUCAUGGAAGGAUGGUGUGUCAACCACCUCACAGGGGGGAAAUUCGGCUUUGGAGAAUGUCGUGCUAUGAUUCUUCCUGCUUUGGCUGAUGGAGCGUGGGAGUGA